ACCAUAAGUCGUUUGAGGGGCGGAGGGGAUGAUGUAUUAUAUCGGGGUGAUAUUAUUUAAUGAUGAAUUAUUAUUUUUUUUUUAAAUUUCCCUUGUCUGCAAUUGCCCGUCAGCUUGUCGUUACAUCUGGCAUUCGAUUAUUAUUAUUUUUUUUUUUAUUUCUUUAGAUAUAAAGAAUGAAAAAAAAAAAAAAAAAGGCAAAUUGGAUAUAUUUCUCGAACUGGAGUCUGUUGACCCAGAACUUAAAGAAUUUACGACUCAUUGAGGGUGUGUUUAAUCGGGUGUGGUAUUUAGCUAAUUAAAUAACAUCUUGUGUGCAUUUAAUUAUUUCUUGAAAAAUAUUUAUGUUGAAUUAAAAUACCUGUUUUAAUUUAAGUAAAUAAUUUUUGUUUGUUUGUUUGUUUGUUUUAAAAAAAAACUUUCUAUUUGUUUCCAGAUGCGAUGAUUGAUGUUUUGAUGAUUUUUUAAAAUGUGGAAACACGUGGAUUUGCUGGAGUACAUUGAGUCAAUUUUUUCUUGGACAUCUUCAUUCAUGACUGCUGUCUGCAAUGUGCCUAAAUAUAUACAAAAACAAAAUAUAAUUAUUAUUCCUAUUAUUUGGUGAUGAAAAAAAAAAAUUUAUGAGGAAUGGAAAAAGAUCCUGCGCUUUAAUUGAAUUUUCUGAAAUUUAUUAAAUAAUUAAUUUGAAGAUUGAGCUUUUAUUGAAUUUAUCAUGAGAUCAUAUGAUGGUGAGAGCAGUUCUGGUGAUGAGGAGGACAGAAGAGAAGGUCUUCCUGAGGUCCAUUUAAAUCAGGGACCUUGGCAAAGAUCAUCUCAUCCAACUUGGGCCUGGGACCAUCGUGGUCCACAAUUAUCAGGUCAACCAAAUGCAUCAAUUGAGACUGUUUCUUACUCAACACCAGCAACAUCACACUCAGCAGUACCAGUUGCACAAGGAAGUUAUACAAGUAGUGAACAUCCACAAAAUCAUGGUAGAAGAACUCCACUUGGUGCUGUUGGUCUUGGUGGUUUUUAUUUUCAACAACAACCACAACCACAUGCAUCAUCAAGUGCACUAUCAUCAGAUGAAAAUCGUCCUGAUCAAGAACGGCCAACUGGAUCUAGAUUAAAUUGUCCAUCAAAAACAAAAAGUACACGUCAAGGUAAAAGUGUUAGACUCAAUAUUAAUGCAAGAGAACGUCGAAGAAUGCAUGAUUUAAAUGAUGCACUUGAUGAAUUACGUUCAGUUAUUCCAUAUGCUCACAGUCCAUCUGUUAGAAAAUUAUCAAAAAUUGCAACAUUACUAUUGGCUAAAAAUUAUAUUCUUAUGCAGGGUAAUGCACUUGAAGAACUUAGAAGAGUUAUUGCUGUUCUUCAAUCACCACAUGCUCAUACAACAGCAUUACCACCAACACCAGUAUCAUAUGAUUUACUACAAGGUUUUCCUGGUAAAUUAUUUCAAGGUGUACCAGAACUUCAAAGUAUGCAUGCAUUACAUCAAACAACAUCAACUGGACCAUCAACAGAUAUAACUGUUUCUGGUGAUGUUGGUAUUUCAGGUGGUGAAUCAGCCUAGAUUACAUUAAUAUUUUUUUUCAUUUUAUUUUUUAAACAUAUAUAUACUCGUCAUAAUUUUAAUAUAAUUUAUAGAUUCAAUCAACCAAAGAUUUAUUUGAUAUAAAAAAAGAAAAAACAAAAAAUAUUUAUUUACAAGAUUAAUUAAAGGAAAAGAAAAAAAUUAUUUAACGACGUGAUAAUUACAUUACAAUUAUCAAAUUAUUUUACAUCAAGAUUUAUAUCUUAAUUUGAGAUAAAAACAAAAAGAAACAAAAGAAAAUGAAAGUAUUAAUCUUACAAGUUUUUUAGAUAAACAAUUUCAAUGAAAGUACUAAAAUUUUAAGUUAAAAAAAUGAAAAGAAAAAAUAAAUCAAGUGGAGUUUGAGCAAUGAGACAUGGGGAAUUUAAAAAUAGCUCAAAAAAAAAAAAAAUAAUAAGUGAUUUAACGAAAGAUAUGGAGAAAUAAUAAUGAGCCCCGUCCGAAAAACACGAUAGUCAAUAUUAGGAUGUGAUAAGAUAAGAAUAAUAAUAAUAAU